UUCUCAGAGAAGAGUCCUUUGGGAAGAGUCACAAAGCGGUUUCCUCAGAGCCAGAGCGGAGUGCAGAGCGCAGGACGCAGCGCCGUUGUGGACAUCACCCACGCCACGGCACAUCCCGCGCACCGCAGAGCUGCGGAGGAAACAAGAGCGUGAAAGAUGAAGAAAGAAGUGUCAGACAAUGAUGACAUCUGAUCUCCUUUUUUCCCUCUCUGACAGCCUAAACUGUGGAUCUCAGUUCCCGUCAUUUUCUUAAGCGAUUUUCUACCAUCCGUAAAUGUUGGAACAAGUUGGAUCUGAUCACUGCAGUAAGAUUUGCGCUCAGCUUUAGUUUCAGAUACCUGAACAGGACAGCAGUCAGCGGGGUAAAGAGCUGCAGGAGCAGGAGCGCACCCACGGUGUCCGGGUGACGGAUCCAACCCCAGAACAAGUGCGCAGCAGGAGUGGAUCAAGAUCUGCGCUUUCGGAGGUUUUGUUCAUGUUCGGGAUCCAGGAGAGCAUCCAGAGAGGCGGCAGCAGUCUGAAGGAAGAGCCGCUGGGAGGCAUGAACGUCCGGAGCUGGAUGCAGGGAGGCGGCGUGCUGGACGCCAACACGGCCGCUCAGAGUGGGGUGGGUCUGGCCCGGGCUCACUUUGAGAAGCAGCCGCCCUCCAACCUGCGGAAGUCCAACUUCUUCCACUUCGUCCUGGCUCUGUACGACCGACAGGGCCAGCCGGUGGAGAUCGAGAGGACCAACUUCGUGGACUUCAUCGAGAAAGAGAAGGAGACUAGCGGGGAGAAGACCAAUAACGGGAUUCAUUACCGGCUGCAGCUUCUCUACAGUAACGGCAUCAGAACAGAGCAGGACUUUUACGUCCGACUCAUAGACUCCAUGACUAAACAGCCAAUCGUUUAUGAAGGACAGGAUAAGAACCCAGAGAUGUGCAGAGUAUUGCUGACGCAUGAGAUCAUGUGCAGUCGGUGCUGUGACAAGAAGAGCUGCGGAAAUCGUAAUGAGACGCCCUCAGACCCUGUUAUCAUCGACAGAUUUUUCCUUAAGUUUUUCCUCAAGUGCAACCAGAACUGCUUAAAGAACGCCGGAAACCCAAGGGACAUGAGAAGGUUCCAGGUGGUUGUGUCGACGACGGUAAGCGUGGAGGGACAUGUCCUUGCAGUUUCUGACAAUAUGUUCGUCCAUAACAACUCCAAACAUGGCCGGCGGGCCCGAAGACUCGACCCCGUGGAAGGAACCCCAUCUUACCUAGAACACGGAGCAGCUCCCUGCAUUAAAGCCAUCAGUCCCAGCGAGGGGUGGACUACAGGGGGCGCUACAGUCAUCAUCAUAGGAGACAACUUCUUUGACGGCCUUCAAGUUAUCUUCGGUACCAUGCUGGUUUGGAGUGAGCUGAUUACACCACACGCUAUUCGAGUGCAGACACCUCCCAGACACAUCCCCGGGGUCGUAGAGGUCACCCUCUCUUACAAGUCCAAACAGUUCUGCAAAGGCACACCAGGGAGGUUUAUAUACACAGCGCUGAAUGAACCAACCAUCGACUACGGCUUCCAGAGGCUUCAGAAGGUUAUUCCUCGGCACCCUGGGGACCCUGAGAGGCUUCCAAAGGAGGUGAUUUUGAAACGAGCAGCGGAUCUGGUUGAAGCGCUCUAUGGGUUGCCUCAUAACAACCAGGAGAUCAUCCUGAAAAGAGCAGCGGACAUCGCAGAAGCUCUGUACAGCGUUCCACGAACACACACCCAGCUGUCCGGCUCAACGCACACAGGCAUGAUGGGAGUAAAUUCGUUCACAGGGCAGCUGUCUGUCAACGUCACAGAACCCUCACAAGUCAAUCAAGGGUUUGUCCGGAGCAGCAGUAGUGUGUCGCCUCAUGGUUACGUACCCAGCUCUACGCCUCAGCAGACCAGCUACACCUCAGUCAGCAGCACCAUGAAUGGCUACGCUAACAACGGUGGCAUGAGCAACCUGGGAGGCUCGCCAACUUUCCUCAACGGCUCUGCAGCCAACUCGCCUUAUGCUAUUGUUCCAUCCAGUCCCACCAUGGCGUCCUCCACCUCUCUACCCUCCAACUGUUCCUCUUCUUCCGGAGUCUUCUCCUUCUCGCCGGCCAACAUGGUGUCAGCGGCCGUUAAACAAAAGUCUGCCUUUGCACCGGUGGUCCGGCCGUCAUCGUCUCCUCCUCCCUCCUGCACUAGUGCCAACGGAAACGGACUUCAAGAUCAAACAUUUGUGGACUCUAGCAAGUACUCAUCAGCCGGCUCUCUACAAGGCCUGGCCUUCACCUGAACAAUCCCAGGAAUGAUCGUCCCGCCCAUGUAAAGGUGUGAUUUUGUGUGUUUGCUAGUAUAGGAUGAGUCAAGCACACUCCCACUGAUCCUGCUGGAGGAUUUGCUCCAGGACGGACUCCGGUCGAGGAUGGAGGCAUCCAUCCACAUCUGAAGGAACAAAACCAACUCAGGCCCUUUCUAAAGCAAAAGAAACACGAGAAGAACAACAAGACUGUUUAUAGAAACCUUUGUACAAUGUAAUGUUUUAUAUGAGAAUGGCCACAUAAGAUUUUGACUCUACAUGGUCACAGAAGGCGUGUUAUUUUGGACACAAUCCACUUCUUUUCUUCGAAGAUUUGAUUUGCUUUUUUGUGCUACAUGUGAUGUCCUUUUCAAUGUAACCUACAUGAGCUAUUUUCUAUUUAUGGAGUUUCGUCCUCAGCGAAGGAAUAUAGUGUGAAGAGGACCUUUUGAUGAUGACAAGUCAGGACAAUGAUGAGGAGGGCUUUUUAAGGACCUGAUACAGCCAACACAGACAAGCCAAACCUUCAGAGAACUUCAGUUUGAUUUUUUGCCGAACCCA